UAGACUACCUCAGAUUAUCUUUUUUCACUCGCAAGUCGCAAGAUUUGGCUAGAAAAUAGACGACACUUUUUGAUGGCCAGUCUCUGAUUAAGAAUUUCUGUUCUUCCAUAAAGUGAUUUUCUGAGUCUGAAAUUAAAACCAGCGGCACACAAAUGUUUGUUUUCCUACAUUUUAGCCGCUUUGUCUGCGCAUCCCUCAAGUUGUUUCACUCGUCUUUUUUUCCACUGGCGGUAUUCAUUUAUGUAUAUUCUGUAGCGGCAGUAUUCAUGGAUGAAAAUAUGAGCUGAUAACAACGAUAAAUACCGGUAAAAAUCAUAUAAACUUGAUACAAAAUUUAAAUCAUUCAAGAGGUUAAGCGAAAUCGAAGCGAGUAACGAUUUUAUCAAGAUUUAAAAAGAGCGAAAUGGCGAGGACUUUAACGAUCGUAGAUAGCAACCUGCUACAACUAAAAAGGUUAGUAGUGAGACCAAUUGAAGACCUGCUUGCUGUGAAGAACGAAGAUGAUUUUUCAAGAACGAAAAGCAUUGACGAAGAGGACCAAGAUAUGCGGGAAGACAUUACGGAAUUUAAAACGAGAAUUGUACCGGCAGUUACCAUCGAAGAAACUGAAAAUAACGUAGUUUUCAAUAGAAACUCAACUUGUAAUAAUGGCGCGAAAAAGAGGGACCAGAUUUCAGGGCAUCAAUCAGGAAUGUUAUUGGAAGAAUUAUUUGAGGUCGAGGAAAAUCCACAUAUAAACACUGAUGAAAAUGAAGACCGGAAGGAAAUAAUAUUGGAUCCAGCGAAUCAUGUAACAACAGCGUGUAAUAUAGAGCUACAAAUGGAUGAACCAUGUACAGAGAAACAUUUGGAGCAACCACAUAUGGACGAGUCACAAAACUCGCAAGCAACCAAUUCUGUGACAAUGAUAAAUAAUAUGUUGCAGAUACAAGACUCAGAGUUUGAAACCAUGGAGGAGAUGGAGGAAGAAGAGGAACGCCUAAUAACAGAAAUUGAAAGGAGAAGUGAGCUACAGAAAACAAUUAAUGAAAAGCUUGCAAGAAUUAAAAAGAUGCGCGAGUUUUUAAAACAAUUAAGUAACAUUGGAGAAAUUGAGGCUAAAGCAGAAGACGAACAGAUGGAGGAGCAAUUAAAUGCAGCGAUAGAUGAUUACUUGACAGCAGGUGAACAAAGCACAAGUUUCAGCGAUAAUUUUACAAUAGUAGACGACAACGGCCAAAGCACGUGCCAUGCGUCGAUGGUUGUCACAAUGAAGGACAAAAAACUAGAGAAGAACCAGGAAAAGAAAACAUACCGGAUAACAUAUGAUAUUACAGGAUCUCAAAUAAGUCGAUCAUACUAUGUAUUUACAGAUGAUAAUGCCAUAUCAUUACAGACAAAUAAAGCUGGGAAGACGAAGGAAACAAACACGUCAAAGGUAACAACACGAUCGAUGAAGAGAGUAAGAAAGAAUUUACCAACAAAGUCAGAUUUGAAUAAAACAGUACAGCUUAAAAAAAGGAGAAAUACGCAAUGGUUGUUGAGACCAUUAAAUAGAAAAGUAAUUUACGAAACGGUAAAAAAAAGAGGGAGAGAUCCAAUGACAAUUAUAAGGAAUGAAAAGGGAAGGUUUGUGAAGAAAAAGAAGAAUUUGUGAAGAUAUGAGAGUGCUUUCGACAAGAAAAUGAAUGAGAGAAUAGCCACAAAGAAGUAAAAAUGUGAAGUCAACUCACGAGUGUGCAAAAUACACAUUCAGCAAGUUUCAUGAGAAAUUUCCAAAAAAUUAUAAGAGACAACAACUCGCCGAAACAAAACACGUUUUUGUCCCGGCUAAGUCGUCAAUCAAACAUUCAUCUUGAGAUAGAGGAGGCUAUAACGGAAGAUUCAACUAAAGAGAUUGAAGGAGACUAAUGAGACACUGAUUACGUUUACAUAGCAGACUUAAUUGAAUUUAAUAAUAUCUGUAGUUAUGAAACUGGUCAAUUAUAGUUCCUCUGAAGAAUAGAAUAACUGUGAUUGACUACUUUUUAAUGAUGAAUAAUUAUUAAACUCAAUUUAAGGUGUUUGUGCAAACAUAAGCACUGUUGAUGGAAGAAAAGAGUAGAUGACGUGAUCAGAGAGGCAAUGGAGAGCGAUGAACGGCAAG